AUGUCAGUCCCCCGCGCCAUCCGCAAGGCCUUCCUGGCCGUCGAGCAGUCCGAGGGCGCAGGCGCGCGCGUCCGCCGGUCCAUCGGCACGCCGCAGCUGCGCAACUUCUCGCCCUUCCUCAUGCUCGACCACUUCUCCGUCUCGCCCGGCGCAGGGUUCCCCGACCACCCGCACCGCGGCCAGGAGACCAUCACGUACCUGCUCGAGGGCGCCACGGACCACGAGGACUUCGCCGGCAACAAGGGCACCCUGUACCCGGGCGACCUGCAGUUCAUGACGGCCGGCCGGGGCAUCGUGCACGCAGAGAUGCCCCGCAAGACCGACGACGGCAAGCCCAACGUCGGCCUGCAGCUGUGGGUUGAUCUCCCCGAGAGCCUCAAGGCCUGCGAGCCGCGAUACCGGGACCUCCGCGCCGCCGAGAUCCCCACCGUCGACGUCGACGCCGGCAGGGCCACCAUCAAGGUCAUCUCCGGCCAGAGCCACGGCAUCGACUCGGUCAAGGACCUCGCCUACACCCCCGUGUGGAUCCUCGACCUCGUCCUGCGGCCCGGCGCCAGCGUCACCCAGCCCCUGCCAAAGGGCUGGAACGCCUUCUCCUACGUCCUCGAGGGGAGCGCCUGGUAUGGACAGGGACAGGACCGCACAGAGAUUCAACAGUUCCACAACGUCGUCUUUGAGCAGGAGGGCGACGUCGUUCACGUCGAGACUGAUGCUGACGCGACAAAGGACACUCGUCUUGUCAUCAUUGCUGGCACACCUCUCGAUCAGGAAGUUGUGCAAUAUGGCCCAUUCGUCCUCAACUCAAAAGAGGGCGUGUACCAGGCCUUGUACGAUUACCAAACUUUCUCCAAUGGCUUCGAGAGGGCAAAGGACUGGAAGAGCGAAAUUGGCAAGCCCAUGAUGGGAUGA